AUGUUUGCCGAUAUACUGAAAUGGCGAGUUCAUAAUCCUCCUCCGGCUAUGAUGAUGCUCAAAUCCGAUCAUCUAGGACGAACUCUGGAAUCCGGAUCUGGCCCGACUAGGACAAGAGACGAAAUACAACAUCUAUCUGGAUUGGGAUCUGGCACGACUACAACAGGAGACGGAAUACAACCUCUUUUUGGCUUAUUCAUUUACUUCUCAACUGGUGUCAGUUCUGGACACUUCUACUGA